AUGUCCACAUUACAAAACCACAGCGCAAAGAAAGCAAUCUUACUCACUCAACACUCCUUCCAUGCUCGUGGUAAUAUAAAUGGAAAACUUCUGACCAGGGCCCUACAGCAGAGACUCCACAAAUCAUACCUAUCCAAAGUCACAGAUACUCAAGGGAACACACACCAACUGACAGCAGACAUAGCAAAAGCAUUCCAACAAUAUUAUGCUUCUCUAUAUGGAUUAAAACUGACUGGGGUCUCUACCACCAAGAGACAGCAGUGUGUCCACAACAACAUAAUCUACAGACUGACCCCCACAAUGAGUAACACACUAAAUGCCCCAUUCACAGCUCAGGAAUUAUCAACAGCAAAACCGCCCCAAAUGGUAAAAGUCCAGGCCCAGACAUAUACACCAAUUAAUACUACAAAGUUUUUUAUCCUCAAUUAG